GAGGUUAUAUUUGCCGUGUUGGCAUUCCAAAGCACUGCGAGACCCAGGCUGAUUCAGUUGCCCUUACAGGAGACAUAUGGCAGUGUGAUUUCUUAUUGGAGACCUGCUAAGCCAUUUGGCAACUUUAAGCUCAUUCAUUCAGCAACCCGUACUUACUCUAUGGGUUUACUGUGAAACCAUCAGUGAGAGAAAGUGGUUGAUAACAUGAUACAACGCAAGAUGCAGACAAUCCGUCUAUUUGCUCUUCUACUGAUCAGAGUCGCCUUGUUUUCUUCGCUUGAAGCAGAUGCUCAGAAUUCAUGUGAAAACAACUGCGGCCAAAGGUUGACUACUUGUUCGUGCCACGUGACGUGUGAGCCACUGGGAAACUGCUGUCAGGAUUACCGGGAUUACUGCCUGCAAAUAAGUCCUCAGUCAGGAACGUUAAUGGGAGGAACAGACUUUUUUACCGUUAAUGCAACGUUUAAGCCAACCGACAAGAUUGUGUGCAGGUUCAAGUCUGAAAUCGAUAUAGAGGGAUACGUCGAUGGCGAAAGGAAAGCUCACUGUAUCUCUCCGCUGCUGUUUGAGAACGGAAGGGUACCGUUUGAGUUAUCGACCGAUGGUGGCCAAACCUUCAGUCGCAGGGGAACGUGGGUGUCAGUACAGCACAACAAAUACUCUUAUGACUUCAAAAGCAUUCUGCUUAAUGCCACCAAAUGGCAAUACUAUGGGACGCCCAAUGUUACCGGAAAUCUAACACUGCUCUGGAAGAAAUCCCCCCUUUUCCCGGGACUUGCAGUAAACGUUGAACUCUGGGGUUACAGAGAAACAGGCGAGCCUUACACAGACAACUGGAGGGCAGAAUGGAAGUUCCUGUACACACUGGGCGAAGGGGUUCCAAACACAGGCUACUUUACGUUUGUGCCCAAACCCGCUGAGAAGCCCCAUUCAGAUUGGGAGAUUGGAGCGUUGCGUCUCACCAACAGCAAUGAGUCGGUUGGGAUCCAGAAUGUCAGAAGCGUGUGGAGCUCAAGCCACGCUCUGGCCUGGCACCUGGAGGAGACCUUCAGGAGAGACUCCGCCGCCUGGGCCUACAGCAAGUGCCUGGCGUGGCACGAGACCGAGCAGACCCUGCCCAACUUCCUGUCCGAGAUCGCAGACUGCCCCUGUACCCUGGCGCAGGCCAGAGCAGACACCGGCAGAUUUCACACAGACUACGGGUGUGAUAUUGAACAAGGGAGCCUGUGCACCUAUCAUCCGGGAGCUGUACAUUGUGUCAGAGCUAUACAAGCCAGUCCCCGGUAUGGAGCGGGUCAGCAGUGCUGCUACAACGCAGAGGGCAGACAAAUCCUAACGGGAGAUUCCCUGGGAGGCAGCACCCCAGACCGAGGACACGACUGGGGCUCCCCGCCCUCUCAGGCCCCGAGAGUCCCCGGAAACUCGCACUGGCUCUACGACGUCAUCUCCUUCUACUACUGCUGCCUCUGGUCUGACAACUGCCACUACUAUUUCUUGCACCGGCCUUCAAGUGACUGCCGCACGUACAGGCCUCCCAAAGCUGGUGCAACAUUUGGAGACCCACAUCUUUAUACAUUUGAUGGGAAAAGCUUCACGUUCAAUGGCAAAGGGGAAUACACUCUGCUAAACGCUGCAGUGAAUGUUACUGAUCAGUGGCUACGAGUCCAAGGAAGGACGGAGUUAGUCCAGGAUAGCAACGGGGAGGACGUUAAUGCGACCAGAUUCACUGCGGUCGCAAUGCAGGAAGGCGACUCCGACGUGAUCGAAGUCCGCGUUUCCAAUGACUCCCAGAGUGACAGCUUAGAGGUGCUGCUCAACCAGGGAGUCCUCUCCUUCGCCGAACAGAAGUGGAUGGAUCUCAGUGGUGUGUUUGUGUACAAGGGCUCCCCCCUGGAUGUUACCGUCAUGUUUUCCUCUGGGGCUGGAGUGGAGGUGAAGGGAAGAGGCGCUAUCCUGGGCAUCGUAGUGCUGUUACCAGAGGAAUUCACCAACCAGACCGAGGGGCUCUUUGGGGUAAUGAACGGCGAUCCUGACGAUGACUUGGGGAUCAGGAACGGCAGCCUUCUGCCGGGUGACGCCAGCCCAGAGCAGCUGUACGAGAUGGGCGGCAGCUGGGCGAUCGAAAAUGAAACCUCUCUCUUUACGUACGACAGUGAGUUCUUGUUGGACAACUAUUACCACGCUCCCAAGCACGACCCCGACUUUUCUCCCGUCUUCACUCCUGGGAGAGCGAGCGAGAACGACUCUCUUCACUCUAAAACGGUCGAACUGUGUCAGGGAGACGCAUUCUGUAAGUUCGACACGCUCGUCACCGGGAAUUUCCAAGUGGGGAAUGCGACAAAAUUCUUCCACGAGAACUACAAUAAGCUGGUCGGAAGCCUCGAACAAGUGAUUGCCUGUGGAUUUGUUGAAGAGCCGAAGAACGAAAAAGAAGGAAUCUUCUACUUGGCAGGAGCGACGGUGAAUUUUACUUGUAAAGCCAACUAUAUACUAGCAGGAUCGGCCCAUCGCACCUGUCAGGCAGAUGGGCAGUGGUCUGGCAAGCAAACCUUCUGUGUAGCAGAUAACAUUGUGGGCAUUAUAGUGGGGACUGUGGUGUCCUUGUUCUGCCUGGCCCUGAUCGGGAUCCUCUUGUGGUUGAAUGAAAAGAAGGUGAAAAGGAAAAAUGCCAAGAAGGCUCAAAAUAAAACAGGAUCUUCGUUUUCAAGAUUGGACAAAAUUGAUAAGCUGUAGUCCUAAAGAGACAGAACCCCUCCUUAUCCUAUUCCACCCCCCACUCCCUCC